AUGCCCGUUGACGAUGCCACCAGCUACGAAGACCAUUACCCCGGCUCCUUCAUUCCCUUCGACAGAUUCCUCAAGCAGGUGCGUUUGGCCAAGUACGAAGACUACAAGCACACCAAAGUCCGCAACCAACAAGCCUUCAACGAGAUGAAAGCCCACAUCCUCAAAAUGUACGAGGGUGUCACCAAAGCCACGUCCUUUGUCCUGCAAGACGAGCACGCCGACUGCAUUGCCAUCCACGAACAACCCACUGUUUACCAUCUCGGCAUCAAGGAUAUCCCACCGCCACCAGUGAACUCCACCAAUGACCACACAGGAGACGGCAACGCACCUGGAAACACAACGUCCGCCGAAUCCCCACUGAAACUUGGAAAGAAAGAUCGUUUCUGCAAUCCCAUUUCUUGUCCAAAGACGUCUAUCCCAAUGGCCCGAUUGACCCUGGAAAAGCUGACACAGCACCCAACACUCAAUGACUUCUUCUCGAAGCCGCCGAUGGACGCGCGGCCACAGCGCCCAGAGUUCUCUGCCGACGAAAUCCACGUCCACGCCUACGGGAUCCAGUACGUGCAGAACUUCGGCGGAAAUUCCUGGCUGGACCUCUGGAACCCGACCGGCGACUUCACCAUCUCGCAGCAAUGGUAUCAAGGCUACGCCUCAGGCCAGCCUUUACAGUCUCUUGAAGGCGGCUGGGUGAGCGAAAACUCGGACAAUAGUCGCCUUUUCAUCUACUACACCGCAGACGGCUACGGCAAACUGAAGUGCUGGAAUCUCGAUUGCCCAGCUUUUGUGCAAAUCAAUCACAACUGGUAUUUGGGCGGACCUUGGGAUCAUUACAGCACCAAGGAUGGCGAUCAAUGGGGCUUUGCAUUGCAGUGGAAAUUCUAUCAAGGAAAUUGGUGGUUGUUUCUUCAAGGACCGGGAGCAUACGAAGCGGUUGGUUACUAUAAUCAAACGAUAUGGAAUGGGGGUCAAAUGACGCACAAUGCGAGUGUCAUUAUUUACGGCGGUGAGGUGGCAAAUUACACAGGCGGUGAGAAUUUUCCACAGAUGGGUAGUGGUGAUCUGGCUGAGAAAGGUUGGCGAGAAGCUGCGUUUCAGAAGACGAUUUUCUGGAUUCCAAGGGAUGAGAAUGAUGGUGUUGGCGUUUGGGCAAAUCUCACGGCGAAUGAUGAGGGCAAGUCAUCUUGCUAUACGAUUGAUUUGGUCAAUUGGCCCAAUGGAGGGGAUUGGGGUACUUACUUUUAUUUUGGUGGACCGGGGGGGAAUGAUUGUCCGCUUUGA